CCCAAUUCCAUACCAUUUCCCCUUCCCUCUCCAUCCUCUCAACAAUCUCCCCCACCCCCACCAAGGUGAUUCGCUCGAUUCCAACCAACAAUUUCGUUGUGAAGGCAAACAACACUCCAAGGAAGAGUGAUCAAUCACGCUUUUAAAUUCCGAUCAUUUCCACGCAAUUUUCCUGACACUUCCAACUCUCGCACGUCGCGUCGGGCCACAAAUCGGAACAUGACAGAGGAAAGACUGCCGCCAUCACAGCAACAGGCCACGGUCGAUAAGCCCAACUUCCUGCUCUCCGUCCGGCUCAAGUACGUCAAGCUCGGCUACCACCACCUCAUCUCCAACGCCAUGUACCUCCUCAUCCUCCCCCUCCUAGCCGUCGGCUCGGCCCACCUCUCCACCCUCUCGGCCCAAGAUCUCCUCAACCUCUGGGCCCAGCUCCAAUCCAACUCUGUCGCUCUCAUGCUAUGCACCUGCCUCAUAAUCUUCCUCGCCACCAUCUACUCCACCACCCGCCCCAGGAAAACAUAUCUCGUCGACUUUGCCUGCUACAGGCCCCCAGGACCGGACCUGCAGUGCACCCGCGAGAUCUUCUACGACAAGUCCAUCGCGGCGGGGACGUUCACCGACGACAACGUGGCGUUCCAGAAGCGGAUCCUGGAGCGGUCCGGUCUGGGCCAGAGGACGUACCUUCCCGAGGCAGUCAUGAGGGAGCCCAUCAACCCCAACAUGGAGAUGGCGAGGAAGGAGGCCGAGGAGGUGAUGUUCGGCGCCAUCGACCAGCUGCUGGAGAAGACCCGGGUCAGGGCCAAGGACAUCGGGAUCGUCAUCGUGAACUGUAGCUUGUUCAAUCCGACGCCGUCUCUGUCGGCCAUGGUGGUGAACCGGUACAAGCUCAGGGGGAAUGUGAUGAGCUAUAAUCUUGGUGGGAUGGGGUGUAGUGCGGGACUUAUCUCCAUCGACCUCGCCAAGCAGUUGUUACAGGUACAUCCCAACUCGUACGCGCUGGUGGUGAGCAUGGAGAACAUCACCCUAAACUGGUACUUCGGCAACGACCGGUCGAUGCUGGUGUCGAACUGCCUCUUCCGCAUGGGCGGCGCCGCCAUCCUCCUCUCGAACCGCUCCUCCGACCGCCGCCGAUCCAAGUACCAGCUCGUCCACACCGUCCGGACCCACAAGGGCGCCGACGACAAGUGCUACAACUGCGUGUUCCAGAGGGAGGACGACACGGGGCGCGUCGGCGUGUCACUCUCCAAGGACCUCAUGGCCGUCGCCGGGGAGGCCCUGAAGACCAACAUCACCACGUUGGGUCCUUUGGUCCUUCCCAUGUCGGAGCAGCUCCUCUUCUUCGCCACCCUCGUCGCCCGGAAGGUUAAGAAGAUCAAGCCAUACAUCCCGGACUUCAAGCUGGCGUUCGAGCACUUCUGCAUCCACGCCGGCGGGCGGGCGGUGCUGGACGAGCUGGAGAAGAACCUGGAACUCACCGAGUGGCACAUGGAACCUUCUAGAAUGACGCUGCACCGAUUCGGCAACACGUCCAGCAGCUCGCUCUGGUACGAGCUGGCCUACAGCGAGGCCAAGGGCCGGAUCCGGAAGGGGGACCGGACGUGGCAGAUCGCUUUCGGGUCGGGUUUCAAGUGCAACAGCGCGGUCUGGCGGGCGCUCCGGACGGUCGACCCGGCCAAGGAGAAGAGGAAUCCCUGGGUUGAUGAGAUCGAUGAGUACCCUGUACACGUGCCCAAGGUCUCCUCCGUUAUCAACAAGGCCGCCGCUGGGAAUGAAUAGAUGAUGAUUAAUUAGUCACGUGUGGAUACUAUUCAUUUUCUUUCUCGUUGUUGGUGAUGUGGUUGUGUCAAUUUUUAUAAUUGUCAGUAACAUAAAAUUAUUAUUUUUUCGUUGGAGUAGGAAAACAUCACAUACAUAGAGAAAAUUAUUUAACAGACCAUCAUGUGUAUUAACGAUAUCGACAUUUCAACUAAAGAGC